UUUGUUUGUUCAGCUCUGCAGUCAUUGUUGCUCAUCUGACACUAGAGAAGGGACAAAAGAAAAGACAGUAUAAGAUUUUUCUUUUUUUUCCCCAUUUCUUCUUAGAGAUGUCUAGGUACCACAAAGCAGCGAUUGACGGUUACUUGGACCUCUUGAAGGAGGCCACGAGGAAGGACCUGAACACUGCGGAUGAAGAUGGCAUGACUCCCACCCUGCUGGCUGCUUUUCAUGGGCAUGUCGAUGCUCUUCAGCUCAUAUGCAGCAGAGAAGGAGAUCCCAAUAGGAGUGACAUCUGGGGAAACACACCACUGCACCAUGCAGCAGCUAACGGCCACAUGCACAUCCUCAGCUUUCUGGUCAACUUUGGAGCCAAUCUUUUUGCACUGGAUAAUGAAUUCCACACAGCUAUGGACGUUGCUGCAUCUCGUGGCCACAUGGACUGUGUGCGUUUCCUCGAUGCUGCUGCCUCACAGCAAACCAACCAAAAUUCAAAAAAGGUAGCUAAUCUGAAGAAAGAGGCCCAAAAAGAAGCAGAGAGAAGAGUGAAACUCUGCGAGAAAGUGAAGAAGAAACACCAGACCAAGAUGGAUAAAAUGCACCGUGGAGCAGGCAGCACUGGGUCGGUUUCAGAGGCGAGCAUGGCAUCAGGGUUUUCAGAUGGUGGGACCAUGACUGGCGUCAAUGAACAGUUCUCCAAGAUUAUCGCUGCAGAAAAAACUGGCUCUCUUACAGCCAGGCUUAAAGGUACAUUCCAGAGGAAAAGUGGGAAGAAAGAAAAAGGCACACUGCAGGGAGAUGGAAACGUCAUCUUCCUCAAACAAGAGAAUGGAGGAUCUGAGAAACCCGAGUUUCUAGAUGUCUUCAAUGAGCAGGACGAGAACAUGUUAGAAGAGGAGGGGAUGUCAAGAUUUGAAGAUGAUGAAGGCGACACAGAAUCAGGCCAAGUCAAACAAUCAAUCUUCAACCGGCCAGGCCUUGGAGGUCUGAUUUUCAUGAAGAAGAUGAACCAGGAAUCAGAGGAUAUUCCCAGAGGGAACAAUGAAAGUCUUGGCUACCUUGUUCAGAAUAAGUUGUUUGAAGGUGAGGAAGAUGCUGCUGGCUUUGAAGAGUCUGGUGAAGUUGACCUUCCAUGGGAACAGGAAGAUCUGGGAUUGGAUGAUGAUGAAGAUGAAGAAAGUUAUCCUUUGGAUGUGUUCAUGUCAGCCAUCUCUUUGCCAGAGUUUGCUCUUGCUUUUAGGAGAGAGCACCUGGACUUGGAGGCGCUCAUGCUUUGCUCUGAUGAAGAUCUGAAAGGCAUCCGCAUCCAGCUAGGGCCCAGGAAGAAGAUCUUGGAAGCUGUUGUUCGAAGAAGCAAGGCUCUAGAGUCUCCUGGCAUCAUGAAGGACAGCUGCUUGUGAUCCAUCAUGAUCAACACUGUUUUAUCCACUUACCUAUAAUCUGUUUUACCCUAAAAAUUGUCUGUCUUUAGAGAGAAAUAAUAGUUUGAUUUGCUGUAUAAAACUAAAGUGAUUCAGCAAACUCUUCCAAAAACAAUCUUCACAUCUUUAAUUUAUAAAUACUUUGUAAAAUUUUAUACACAUACAUAAUUAUCUGAGUCUAAUUAAAGGCUGUACAGGUUCAUAC